UGGCGGCCAUUUUGGAGCAGGGCGCGGGGCCGGACGCAGCGGAGGGAGCGCAGAGCCCCCCCGUCGCCGCCAUGGCAGCCCCGCUCGGUACCGGCGCCUUCACGGAGGAGACCGGGCAGGAAAAACAGGACUGUCAGGAGAAGGACAAAGGCAUUUCCCCUGAGAGGGCAGAGGAGGCCAAGCUCAAGGCCAAAUAUCCCAACCUGGGCCAGAAACCUGGGGGCUCUGAUUUCCUCAUGAAGAGGCUGCAGAAAGGGCAAAAAUACUUCGAUUCUGGCGACUACAACAUGGCCAAGGCCAAGAUGAAGAACAAGCAGCUGCCCAGUGCAGGGCCUGACAAGAACCUGGUGACAGGAGACCACAUCCCCACGCCCCAGGACCUGCCCCAGAGGAAAUCCUCCCUGGUCACCAGCAAGCUGGCAGGGUAGCUGCACUCCCAGUUGGGGGCUGCCCUCUUUUUUGUCUCUUUUUUUUGUUUUUGGUUUUUUUUUUUGGCUAAAUGGAUUGAACUUCACUGUACCAUAGGAAUGGGAGCAGCAGAAUCCACGUAGUUUGUUUGAGUCUUUGCAGCAAACGCACCCCAAAGGUGACUUGGGGGGGGCAGGGUUGGGCUGGCCCUUCCUCCCAGAGAGGCUUUGCCUUAAUUUUGCUGCUGUUUGGAACCAUCGUGGCUCUCAGGGGCACUGGAGCUGUGCCCCCUUGCUGGCUGGGACAGCCCCAGAGGGGGCACCUGGAGGAGGGCACAGGGCAGGGCUGAGGGGUGGGAAGGGGAUUGCAGGGGUUGGGGAGGCAGAGGUUGAGCCAGCUGGGCAGGAGAGUGGUCCCAGAUGUGGAAAUGGUGAUCCCAGAUGUGGAAAUUGUGAUCCCAGAUCUGCAAGAGUGAUCCCAGAUAUGGAAGAUGUGAUGCCAGAUGUGGAAAUUGUGAUCCCAGAUCUGGAAAUGGUGAUCCCAGAUCUGCAAAGUGAUCCCACAUCUCACAGGUGUGAUCCUAGGUCUGCAAAGAGAAAUCCCAGAUCUGGAAAUGGUGAUCCCAGGUAUGGAAAUUGUGAUCCCAGAUCUGAAAAGUGAUCCCAGAUAUGGAAGAUGUGAUGCCAGAUGUGGAAAUGGUGAUCCUAGAUCUGGAAAUGGUGAUCCCAGAUAUGGAAAUGGUGAUCCCAGAUCUGAAAAGUGAUCCCAGAUGUGGAAAUUGUGAUCCCAGAUCUGGAGAUUGUGAUCCUAGAUUUAGAAAGAGUGAUCCCAGAUCUGGAAAGUGGGGUCCUAGGUCUGCAAAGAGUGAUUUCAGAUUUGGAAAUUGUGAUCCCAGCUCUGGAAAUUGUGAUCCCAGAUCUGAAAAGUGAUCCCAGAUGUGGAAAUGGUGAUCCCAGAUGUGGAAAUGGUGAUCCCAGAUCUGAAAAGUGAUCCCAGAUGUGGAAAUUGUGAUCCUAGAUCUGGAAAUUGUGAUCCCGGAUCUGAAAAGUGAUCCCAGAUGUGGAAAUUGUGAUCCUAGAUCUGGAAAUUGUGAUCCCAGAUCUCACAGGUGUGAUCCCAGAUUUGUAAAAUGUGAUUCCAGAUCUGGAAAGUGUGAUCCCUAAUCUCACAGGUGUGAUCCCUGAUGUGGAAAUUGUGAUCCCAGAUCUGAAAAGUGACCCUAGAUUUGGAAAGAGUGAUCUCACAUCUCACAGGUGUGUUCCCAGAUCUGGAAAUUGUGAUCCUAGAUAUGGAAAUGGUGAUCCCAGAUCUGCAAAGAGUGAUUUCAGAUCUGCAAAGAGUGAUCCCAGAUAUGGAAAUUGUGAUCCCAGAUGUGGAAAUUGUGAUCCUAGAUAUGGAAAUGGUGAUUCCAGCUCUGCAAAGAGUGAUCCCAGAUAUGGAAAUUGUGAUCCCAGAUGUGGAAAUUGUGAUCCUAGAUAUGGAAAUGGUGAUCCUAGCUCUGCAAAGAGUGAUCCCAGAUAUGGAAAGUGAUUUCAGCUCUGGAAAUUGUGAUCCUAGAUUUAGAAAGUGCGGUCCCAGAUUUGUAAAGCGGGAUCUUAAAUUCGGAAAGUGUGAUCUCAGACGUGGAAGUUGUGAUCCCAGAUCUGCAAAGAGUGAUCCCAAAUCUCACAGGUGUGAUCCCAGGGUCUGAAAGUGUGCUCUCAGACCUGGAAAUUGUGCUCUCAGACCUGGAAAUUGUGUUCCCAGGUCUCACAGAUGUGAUCCCAGCCCUGAAGGCACAGUCAGCUGUGAGCUUGAGAGCUUCAAAGUGAAGAAAUUGGCUGAGAUGAAAAAAAAAAUAUAUAUUUUUUUUUUAAUCUCAGGAUAAUAAACACCAGGAGCAGGGGUGGUGUUGGGCUGAGCUGAGAUCUGUCCCUGGCUCAGCUCACAAGGGAGACAACAUUUAACAUUUCCAGAGGGGCUGGGGCAGGGUUUGAAACAUCUCGGAGUGCUCUGGGGGUAGAGCCCCAACCUCAGCUGGAGGAGCUUGGCUGAAUUUGGUCAGAAGGAUAAAACCAGAGGAACUUGGAUGAAUUUGGCUAAAAGGAACAAAACCAGAGGGGUUGGACUGAAUUUGGAUAAAGGAACACAACCAGAGGGGUUUGACUGAAUUUGGACAGAGGGACAAAACCAGAGGAGUUUGGCUGAAUUUGGACAGAAGGAUAAAACCAGAGGGGUUUGACUGAAUUUGGUCAGAAGGACAAAACCAGAGGGGUUUGACUGAAUUUGGAUAAAGGAACACAACCAGCAGAGUUUGACUGAAUUUGGACAGAAGGAUAAAACCAGAGGGGCUUGACUGAAUUUGGAUAAAGGAACACAAUCAGCAGAGUUUGACUGAAUUUGGACAGAAGGAUAAAACCAGAGGGGUUUGACUGAAUUUGGUCAGAGGGAUAAAACCAGAAGGGCUUGGCUGAGCUUGACCAGAGGGAGAAAACCUGUCCCCUCCUGCUGGCCUGGUGUCACUUUUCCAUGCAGGGACAAGAGUGGGCACAGCUGUGCCAGGGCAUCCCAAACUUUGAUUUCUUUUUUCCCCUUCUUGUCUUUUCUUUGUCUCAAGGAAAAAAAAACACCCCAAAUUAACACCAAAAUCACAACAAAAAAAAAAAAAACAAGAGUGGGCCCAGCUGUGCCCCAAAACCUGCCCCAAUUUCAGCCCCAAGGACCAAAGGAGGGCAGGCAGGAGUGAGGGAUGCCCAGCAGGGUUUUUCCCCCUGUGUGUGUCACCUGUGUCACCUGUGUCACUUCCCUGCUGUGUUUGCCCAGGGUGUGCUGGAAUGUGGCUCUGCCUUCAGGUGUUUCCUGGAUCCUCCUGUGAGAAAAAUCCCCCGGAGCUGCUCCUGUCGCCCUCUGGGGCAGGGACAAGGAGUGUGGUGGCAUUUGGGAGCUGUCCCUUGUCCCCACAGGGUCCUGCUGUGGCCCCCAGCCCCUGUGUGACCUGCUUGGGGCAGUGGCUGCACACCCUCCUGCUGCCUGUCCCAGCCAUCUUGUAAAUAGGUAACAAAUAUAUAUAAAAAUAUAUAUAUAUAUAUAUAAUUUUUUUACAUGGUCA